AUGAAUACGAAAACGUUUAUCGUAUGGUUUCUGUUGUUAACGGCUGUUGUCGUAGCUGUCGCAGCAGAGACUUCCGUGGAUGACAAGAAAGAAGGUACAAAGCAAGUAGAGAUACCAACUGGAGAAGGCAAAAACGACGCUAAGGGUAGUCUCAACCAAGGAGACCUUGGGGUCGAGGCCAAGAAAGGAGGCGGUGGCAGAGGCGGUGGCAGAGGCGGUGGCAGAGGCGGUGGCAGAGGCGGAGGAUGGAAAGGAGGAGGUGGUCGAGGAGGUGGUGGUGGAGGCGGUGCUGAGUUAGACACUGAAGAAAUAGAUAGUGCCGCAUAUGACGUACAAAAUUCUGGAGGUGGCGGAGGAGGAUGGAAGGGAGGCGGUGGCCAAGGCGGAGGAUGGAAGGGAGGCGGUGGCCGAGGCGGAGGAUGGAAAGGAGGCGGUGGCCGAGGCGGAGGAUGGAAAGGAGGCGGUGGUCGAGGAGGAGGUGGUGGAGGCAGUGCUGAGUUGGACACCGCAGAAAUAGAUGGUACGGCAGAGGACGUACAGAAUUCUGGCGGUGGUGGAGGAGGAUGGAAGGGAGGCGGUGGUCAAGGAGGAGGAUGGAAGGGAGGCGGUGGUCAAGGAGGAGGAUGGAAGGGAGGCGGUGGCAGAGGAGGCGGUGGUCAAGGAGGAGGGUGGAAGGGAGGCGGUGGUCAAGGAGGAGGAUGGAAGGGAGGCGGUGGUAGAGGUGGUGGUGUUGGAGGUGGAAUGUAGAAUCGACCGUCUCUACUCACGACUGCAAACUAAAUAUUAUGAGUAGAAAUGUAAGUGUAUGCAAAAUAGUGAACUAUAGUAAAUAAGUUUGAUGCACGGUCUACCUAUCAUGCAGGGCUGAUGUCAUGUACGUUAUAUCCUCUUCCUAUAAUAAUUAUAUCUUAGCAGUUGAGUGUUAGUCAGAAUUUUCACAUUCGUUCACACAGAAAUACGAUUAGGAAUUGAGUUGUGGUCA